AAAUGCACUUCCUUUACACCGCGGCGACCACAAUACAAAUACAACAAUCGGGGGGAAACAAUGGGCGCAGAUUUGACAUCACACCAAGAGAUAACAAGGGUUAUAAAUAGAAAUUAGGUGUAGAUCUAUAGCCUAGAUCUAGAUCUAUCUGUUUAUAUAUAUAUAUAUAUGGAAAUGGUUUUGUGACCUAGCAUAGGAAUGAAGUUACACUGGAGAGGAACAGACUCAAGACUCGACUCAAGGCUUUCUAAAACUGAUCAAAGCCUGCCAGUGAUAGCCUAAGUGAUGGGAAACUUUCAGGUCAAGAAGAAAGUUGAUCCUCAGCAUAUAAUAAUUCAAGGUCUGGACGCGGCCGGAAAGAGCACACUUUUGUACAAUCUCAGAUAUGGUGAAAUCAACUCCAGCUACGCCAUAAUUGGCUUUCCAAUAGAAACUCUGUCCUUCAAAGGAAUUGACAUUACAAGCUGGGAUAUAAGCGGUCGGUGUGCACAUAAUCGGCCUCUUUUAGAUUACUACUACCGGACUGCCACUGGCUUUGUGUUUGUUGUGAACAGUGCUGACCUUGAGAUGAUGGAUGAAGCUUUUGAUCAGUUUGACAGUUAUAUUCUGCAGAAAGAGGAAACGAAAGGAAGAGUGGUGAUGAUUCUGGCAAAUAAACAAGACUUACCCCGUGCUCUGAAAUGUGAGGAGCUGGAAAAGAAAUUCAGGGAGAGGUUCCCUGACACUCCGGACCGCAAGAUUUUCUUCCAACCUUGCAUUGCAUACACGGGAGAAGGUAUCCGUGAGGCCUUUGACAUUUUUACCACUGAACUAAAGCUCAACCAAGCAACCUCUAACAUUAACAUGAAAAGUUCUGUUGAAGGAGGAGAUGUGGCUGAGAGUCCAAAGGAGAAUUCCAUGAAGUUGCUCUUCAAAAAACCCAUGAGUUUCGUGAAGUCUGUGCUAAUGUAUUGAAUGAUUAAAAUACAUCCAUCUAAACUGUAUCUAGUUGUACUUUGAAUUUUGUCAAUAAAUAUGAGAUUACUUGUGCUGUCAGUAACUUUAAAAAUGUUUGCCGAGGAAAAAAUUGUCAGAUUCUGGACCCUUUCAACAUACCAUUAAAACAGAAACUAUAACUUUAGAGUUUUUGCGGGGCGUGACUACUUUCUUUGAUCUUUCAAAAAAUGUGAUGUUUAUAAUAUUAUGAUAUAUAAAACACUUUAUACAAAAGUCAUUUGAAUAUGAAUUAUGUUCUUUCUGGCUCUCUGAAAGUCUUUGUCUAGUUGUCUUUUUGACAGAAUUUCUUUUUAUUUGUCUACUUCUCUUGGGCAGGCAUGCAUAUGCUCAAAUACAUACACAUAGGCAAACCAUCGUUCAGACAUCCCUUUCACUAUGUGUCUGCAUCAAUAUCUUUACUCUGAUAUUUCCUGUAUUCUUGAGCCAAAUUGUCUUUGCGAUGAUUUCGUCGGAGAUAUUCAUCAUGUUUUGUGAAUGAAUCAGAAGUAAUUAGUCAUAGUUUUGCUGUUUGUCUUGUCUUGUGUAGUUAUCUUUAUCUCUAAACAAUGCUUUUCUAACUUCAUCCCACCUCUCCCUUCUUUUUCAUUUCACUGUUCUUCUGCGAAACAGCAUUUAUUUUUUGGCGAAAUUGUCUCUAGAUGCAUAAUACAUGGUAUGUGAUAAUACUAUUGUAUCAGAUAGAGUUGCUUUAUCUUGUCUGUCAGCAAGAGCACACUGUGACCUUUUGCAUUCCUUAUAUAUGUAAUUCUAAAAUUCAAUACAAAAUUCAUUAAGUUU